UUCUGAGCAUGAGCAGAUGUUGGUUUUUACAGACCUCGAGAAUACUGCUCUUACACAUGGCAUCUAGCACAGCAGGGUUUCUGAACCUAAAUAAAAUGUACCCAGCAGUGCUCAGAGAGAGCUGUGCUUCCUGCCAAUAGCAGGUCUGCUUAGCAAGAUUAGAAGGCAAAGUGUCUUCAUGGCGUUAUGUAAUUCUUCAUGUACCGUUAGCUUUAUGUGAUGUUUCUGUAAGUGUGAAUGUUCUAAAUGUCCCAAGGGUAUGUCAGUUACCCACAGGACCAAAAUGGAGAUGAUGCGCCAGUAUGACCUGUCCAGACUGCCAGAGAACACGGCACUGAAGCAGCAAACGUUGCCCACCCACCAGCUAAAUUUAUCUGCCUCGGUGGUCCUCUCUAUCUUUUUUGCCACAGGAGGAUUCUGCCUCUGUAUGGGCAUUAUCCUUCUACUGUCUGCAAAGAGCACCAAGGAAAUUGAGAUAAAUUACACAAAUAUAUGUGCAAAUUGUGCUCAGCUACGGGAAGAUAGUUCUAAUUUUGACAAAGAGUGCAAAUGUUCUGUUCCCUUUUACCUUCCGGAGAAAAUGGAGGGUGAUGUUUAUGUGUACUACAAGUUGUAUGGUUUCUAUCAGAAUCUCUAUCGAUAUAUUUUAUCAAGAAGCAAUACCCAACUGAUGGGUAAGGAUAUUUGGGAUAUUAAGAACUGUUCUCCAUUCCAAGUGUCCCACAACAAGACUCCCAUCAUUCCUUGUGGUGCAGUUGCCAACAGCAUAUUCAAUGACACCAUAACUCUUUCCUACAACCUGAAUUCAUCUGUACAGAUAGAAGUCCCAAUGCUCAAGAGUGGGCUUGCAUGGUGGACAGAUAAGUAUAUCAAAUUUCAGAAUCCAAGAACCAGCGAUCUUGCUAGUACAUUUGCAGGAAGUGCGAAGCCUCCGUAUUGGACCAAAUCUAUCCAUGAGCUAGAUCCAGAUGACCCAGGAAACAACGGCUUCCUCAAUGAGGACUUCAUUGUAUGGAUGCGGACAGCUGCCUUUCCUACUUUCAAAAAGCUGUACCGCCGACUCAACCGUGUGCACUAUUUUGCCGAAGGCUUACCUGCUGGUAACUACACUGUCAACAUCUCCUACAAUUUUCCAGUAACCAUAUUCCAAGGAGAAAAAUCUGUUGUCCUCUCGACCCUGACAUGGAUCGGAGGAGGGGGACUAUUCCUAGGGAUUGCAUACACAGCGACGGGGGCGUUGACACUAUUGGCCGCUUUUGCCCUCCUGGCAAUUCACUUGAUGCUGAAAAACAGUAUAAACACUUUCCUGUAGGUGUGAAGUCAAGACUGAAAAAGAAGAAUAGCAGA